CGAAAUGGAAAUGAAAUGAAAUGAAAUGACAAAAGGAGAAAAGAGAGCCGCUAACUUCAACUUCACGAAGACGGUGGGAGACGAGACGAACUUAACUGAACUGAACAAUAAAACACAAAACAGAACAACACCAAACCAUAAACCAACAGUAAUUAUUAAUCCAUCAGUCCAAGAAAGAGUCCAGUCACUACAAGAAGGCGACCGACGACUCACAUUUCAAGUUUAACUUUAUAACGUGUGGUGUGGUGAGCAUGACUGACCAAGUUUCCCCUUUUUUACUAAUUACAGGCUUAGAACAGGAAUGUAAUUCAUCAUGAAUAAGCGAGAGUAAAAUACUAGUGAGACUUCCUUUAAGCAAAUGGAAUAAUAGGCAGUUGAUUUGAAGAGGAAAGGGAACUUAUAUAUUAUGUCGCAAGAAGGAUAAUUGACAAAAUCUGCUAUUUAAAUACUUUAAAGGGCAGCUGAAAAUAUCAAGUUUUUACCAUACUAAAAGUACUACAUAUUGAAAAAUAGGCAAAAGAUUUGAAGAGAAAAAGGAACUUCAAUUCAUAUCACAAGAAAGAUAAUUUACAGAAUAAGAUGUAAUACUUUAAAAACAGCUAAAAAGAUUUAAUUUGUACUACACAAAAUUUACUGAUUAAAAAUAGGCAAUUGAUUUGAAGAGGAAAAGGAACUUAUAUAUUAUUGCGCAAGAAAGAUAAUUGACAUAAUCAGCUAUUUAAAUACUUUAAAGGGCAGCUGAAAAUAUAAAGUUUUUAUCAUACUAAAAGUACUACAUAUUGAAAGAUAGGAAAUAGAUUUGAAGAGGAAAAGGAACUUCAAUUCAUGUCACAAGAAAGAUAAUUUACGUAAUCUGAAAUAAUACUUUAAACAGCAGCUAAUAAGAUUAAGUUUUCACUACCUUAAAAGUACAAAUGAAAAAUAGACAAUUUGAAGAGACAAAGGAACUUCAAUACCAUCGCAAGAAAUAUAAUUUACAUAAUCUGAUGUAAUACUUUAAACAGCAGAUAAAAAGAUUUAGUUUUUACACUAAAAGUGCUAAUUAAAAAUAGACAAUUUGAAGAGACAAAGGAACUUCAAUACCUGUCGCAAGAAAUAUAAUUGACAUAAACUGAUGUAAUACUUUAAACAGCAGCUAAAAAGAUUUUGUUUUUACAACACUAAAAGUACUAAUUAAAAAUAGGCAAAAGAUUUGAAGAGAAAAAGGAACUUCAAUUCAUAUCACAAGAAGGAUAAUUUACAGAAUAAGAUGUAACACUUUAAACAGCAGCUAAAAACAUGUAAUUUUUACUACACAAAAUUUACGGUUUAAAGUAAGUGAUUUACUAUGUAAAUCUUGAAUUUAAAUUAUUCAUAACUUUUAUAUGACUGAUGCAACCAACAUUGUUUGAAAGCAACAUGGUGAAGACAACGAUUUCUUGAGUAGGCUAAUUUAACUGGAUGGAACAUAGAGUCAAGACAUAAAAGCAAAAUGCCUCAAGUAAACUGUGUGGUAAAAUAUUUAAUACACAUAACAAUCUUUGAGCAAGAGCUGAUCACAUUUUAUUAAUACACUAAUUGACUGUUCAACAUCUAACCAAUUCUACAAAAAUAGACAUAUAAAACCAGCAGAAUAAUUCAGAGUAGUAUCAUCUUGCCUGAUGUUAGAAAUCAGAAAUAUAAAACAUAAAAUGUUUAAUAUCACUAAAAAGCGUCUCCUUAACUGUCCAAUAUGUAGAAAAAUGUUUUCAACUAUAAGGAGUAUGAAGUAUCAUAUAUAUUUACACACAGGUGAGCAUCCCUUUAGAUGUUUGACAUGUGAGAAAACAUUUAUUCAAAUAUCUCAUCUAAAGUAUCAUUUGUUAACACAUUCUGGGAUGUGUCCUUACAAGUGCACUACAUGUGGAAAAUCUUUCAAAACCACCAGCCUUUUGAAGAUACAUGCAUUGGUUCACACGGGAGAUCAACCUCAUCACUGCCCUACAUGUGGAAAAUCAUUCAAAUCCAAGGGAGAUAUGAAUAAACAUACUUUGGUUCACACGGGAGAGCGACCUCACAAGUGCACUACAUGUGGAAAAUCUUUCAAAACCAGGAGCCUUAUGAAGAGACAUGAAUUGGUUCACAUUGGAGAGCGACCUCAUAAAUGCACUAUAUGUGGAAAAUCCUUCCGAAACAGCAGCAAUAUGAAGCAACAUGCAUUGGUUCACACGGGAGAGCGACCUCAUCAGUGCCCUACAUGUGGAAAAUCCUUCCCAACCAGCAGCCGUAUGAAACUUCAUUUAUUGGUUCACACAGGAGAGCGACCUCAUAAGUGCACAACAUGUGGAAAAUCAUUCCCAACCAACAGAAGUAUGAAGAGACAUACAUUAAUUCACACGAGAGAGCGACCUCAUCAGUGCCCUACAUGUGGAAAAUCCUUCCCAACCAGCAGCCAUAUGAAACUUCAUUUAUUGGUUCACACAGGAGAGCGACCUCAUAAGUGCACUACAUGUGGGAAAUCCUUCCAAACCAGCAGAAAUAUGAAGAGACAUACAUUGGUUCACACAGGAGAGCGACCUUAUAAGUGCACUACAUGUGGAAAAUCCUUCUCAACCAGCAGCUAUAUGAAGCUUCAUUUAUUGGUUCACACAGGAGGGCGACCUCAUGAGUGCCUUACAUGUGGGAAAUCCUUCCAAACCAGCAUAAAUAUGAAGAGACAUACAUUGGUUCACACAGGAGAGCGACCUCAUAAGUGCUUUACAUGUGGAAAAUCCUUCAAAUCCAAGGAAGAUAUGAAGAAACAUACAUUGGUUCACAUGGGAGAGCGACCUCAUAAGUGCUCUACAUGUGGAAAAUCCUUCAAAUCCAAGGAAGUUAUGAAGAAACAUAUAUUAGUUCACUUGGGAGAGCGACCUCAUAAGUGCUCUACAUGUGGAAAAUCCUUCCAAACCAGCAGAAAUAUGAAGAGACAUUCAUUGGUUCACACAGGAGAGCGACCUCAUAAGUGCUCUACAUGUGGAAAAUCCUUCAAAUCCAAGGAAGUUAUGAAGAAACAUACAUUAGUUCACAUGGAAGAGCGAUCUCAUAAGUGCUCUACAUGUGGAAAAUCCUUUAAAUCCAAGGAAGUUAUGAAGAGACAUACAUUGGUUCACACGAGAGAGAGAGAGCGACCUCACAAGUGGAAAAUUCUUCCAAACCAGCAGUCAUAUGAAGAGACUUAUGGAUUAUUAUCUUGCCUGAUGUUAGAAAUCGGAAAUAUAAAACAUAAAAUGUUUAAUAUCACUAAAAAGCGUCUCCUUAAGUGUCCAAUAUGUAGAAAAAUGUUUUCAACUAUAUGGAAUAUGAAGUAUCAUAUAUAUUUACACACAGGUGAGCGUCCCUUUAGAUGUUUGACAUGUGAGAAAACAUUUAUUCAAAUAUCUCAUUUAAAGUAUCAUUUGUUUACACAUUCUGGGAUGUGUCCUUACAAGUGCACUACAUGUGGAAAAUCUUUCAAAACCACCAGCCUUUUGAAGAUACAUGCAUUGGUUCACACGGGAGAUCGACCUCAUCACUGCCCUACAUGUGGAAAAUCAUUCAAAUCCAAGGGAGAUAUGAAUAAACAUACUUUGGUUCACACGGGAGAGCGAACUCACAAGUGCACUACAUGUGGAAAAUCAUUCAAAUCCAAGGGAGAUAUGAAGAAACAUACUUUGGUUCACAUGGGAGAGCGACCUCACAAGUGCACUACAUGUGGAAAAUCAUUCAAAUCCAAGGGAGAUAUGAAGAAACAUACAUUGGUUCACACAGGAAAUGGACCUCAUAAGUGCACUACAUGUGGAAAAUCCUUCCAAACCAGUAAAAAUAUGAAGAGACAUACAUUGGUUCACACGGGAGAGCGACCUCAUCAGUGCCCUACAUGUGGAAAAUGCUUCCGAAACAGCAAAAAUAUGAAGAAACAUACAUUGGUUCACACGGGAGAGCGACCUCAUCAGUGCCCUACAUGUGGAAAAUCAUUCAAAUCCAAGGAAAAUAUGAAGAGACAUACAUUGGUUCACACGGGAGAGCGACCUCAUCAGUGCCCUACAUGUGGAAAAUCAUUCAAAUCCAAGGGAGAUAUGAAGAAACAUACAUUGGUUCACACGGGAGAGCGACCUCAUCGGUGCACAACAUGUGGAAAAUCCUUCCGAAACAGCAAAAAUAUGAAGAAACAUACAUUGGUUCACACGGGAGAGCGACCUCAUCAGUGCCCUACAUGUGGAAAAUCAUUCAAAUCCAAGGAAAAUAUGAAGAGACAUACAUUGGUUCACACGGGAGAGCGGCCUCAUCAGUGCCCUACAUGUGGAAAAUCAUUCACAUCCAAGGAAAAUAUGAAGAGACAUACAUUGGUUCACACGGGAGAGCGACCUCAUCAGUGCACAACAUGUGGAAAAUCCUUCCAAAACAGCAAAAAUAUGAAGAAACAUACAUUGGUUCACACGGGAGAGCGACCUCAUCAGUGCCCUACAUGUGGAAAAUCAUUCAAAUCCAAGGAAAAUAUGAAGAGACAUACAUUGGUUCACAAAGGAGAGUGACCUCAUUAGUGCUCUACAUGUGGAAAAUCAUUCAAAUCCAAGGAAGAUAUGAAGAAACAUACAUUUGUUCACAUGGAAGAGCGAUCUCAUAAGUGCUCUACAUGUGGAAAAUCCUUUAAAUCCAAGGAAGUUAUGAAGAGACAUACAUUGGUUCACACGAGAGAUGAUUUUUACCCCUUGACGGGUUUUGGGUCGUUAAAGCACAUCAACACAUGCAUAUUUAAAACUUGUCAAGCCAUUUAAUAACCUACAACAUUGUAGCAGUAUUUUUUUUGCCAAGCAGCUUCUUUUUCCUAUUGAUUCCCUUUUCUUUAAAUUGUUAUCUACUUGAGAAUUGUAUUUCGGCCAGAAAUUAUAUCACAACGUCUACGAUGAAAUAGACUACAAAAGACAAAAGAGACUUGAUAGGCACAACAUUUCUAAUACUUAUAGUUCGCAAACGUAUGGUUUUUACUAUCUAAUAAUGCUCUGUGGCUAAUGAAAUGGCAUAAUAUACAAC